AUGGGUCCCACUGUUUUAUCCACGUCGGCAGCUCUUCCCGCAAUGCCCGGACUAUUAUCUACUUGCCCCGGCGAGGGAAGAGAAACGGAGAUUGUCACGAAUCCCCGGCUUCUCCACAUUUCUAGCUCAAUUGUCAUUCCGAGGCAGUGCUCAGCUCCUUCCUCGGUCCAAAUCGUUGGCAGGAUUUCAAUUCGUCGGUGGUUCAACUUCAAACCUUUACGGGCGGUUCUGCAGACUUCUCAUGUUCUUCGAGAGGAAGGGGAAUCACGACAAGACGACGGCGGCGGUGUUACGACUCUGCGUGAAAUCUGCCGAGGGCACGUGCCGGACCACGUGCUGAGCAGGGCGGAAGGUGGGCGGGACUGUGUAAUUCAUGCUCAGACAGGUUCUGGGAAGACGCUGGCUUACUUGCUGCUGGUAUUCUCAGUUUUGAAAGCUCGGAGAUCAGCUGUGCAGGCACUGAUCGUGGUGCCUACCCGGGAGCUAGGAAUGCAAGUCACAAAAGUGGCUCGAAUGUUGGCUUCAAAGGCUGUGGGUGAUGAAUUGGAGGAGAAAUCGUCGUGCACUGUCAUGGCGCUUUUAGAUGGAGGGAUGUUGAGAAGACAUAAGAGUUGGUUAAAGGCAGAACCACCUACUGUUGUGGUAGCAACAAUAGAGAGUUUGUGCCAAAUGCUUGAUAAGCAGAUAUUUAAGCUUGAUGCGCUGGAGGUUCUGGUUAUAGAUGAGGUAGAUUUCUUGUUUAACUCUUCGAAGCAAAAGUGGACCAAGAGAGAUGUGGUCCAUGUGCAUGUCAAUGCCAUUAAGCCAUUGCCAUCCUGCUUGCAACACAAAUUUGUGGUAUGCACUAAAAAGCAGAAACAUGCAAUUCUGCUUUCCUUGUUACAUUCUGAUGCCCCCACGUCGGCAAUUGUUUUUGUUGGUGAACAGUCUGAGAAGUCAAAAAAGGCUGGGAAUGCUCCAUCAACUGUUCUUCUAGUUGAUUUCUUGAAUACUUCUUAUAGAGGUAGCUUAGAUGUCCUGCUUUUGGAGGAGGACAUGAAUUUCAAUUCUCGGGCAGCUUCACUUUCAGAAUUGAGACAAGGGGAAGGUUAUCUUCUUGUAGCAACAGAUAUAGCUGCAAGAGGAGUGGACCUGCCUGAAACAACUCAUAUCUACAACUUUGAUCUACCAAGAACUGCUGUUGACUACCUUCAUCGAGCUGGAAGAACAGGUAGGAAACCCUUUUCAGAUAAGAAAUGUAAUGUUACCAACAUUAUUGUGCUGGAGGAGCGAUUCGUUUUGCAAAGAUAUGAGAACGAACUGAUGUUUAACUGCAAAGAAGUAAUCAUUUGA